UCGUUGCAGGUCCCAGCAGCUCCAUGGGAGGAAAAAAAAAACAGAGAGGAGACGAAUAACGGUACACUCCAACAUUUAUGGAGCCGAUCCCCGCAUACCACCGCACUGCACCCGCAUCUGCUCCUGUGAUGAGCACGUGAGGAAACGUGCUUGCAGACGGAGGUGGUGAGCGCGUUUACGGGCUGAAGAAAACAGGCGGUCCACCAUUGUCUGCGUGGAAAUAAGAAUGGCCUGGAUGUGGAAGAGGAAGUCCCUGAUCGCGACCAGUCUGAUUGUGGCAGUGUCGCUCUUUGUGGUGGUGGUGAACUAUUCUGAGAAGCCCUCCUUCCUCUUUCAGCCUGUAUUUGGCGAGACGUUGUUCUCCAAGCAGCCAUACAAGCCUUACAAGCCCCACCUGGGAUACGUCAGCAUUCCCAAACAGGAGCCCUUGAAGCUGAACUGCGAACUGUGCAGCAUCGUGUCCAGCUCUGGUCAGAUGUUGGGCCAGGGUGCCGGCCCGCAGAUAGAUCGUUCUCCCUGCAUCUGGCGGAUGAACAACGCACCCACACGGGGGUUUGAGAACGAUGUGGGCCAACGCACGACUCUGAGGGUCGUCUCUCAUACCAGCGUUCCCCUGCUGCUGCAGAAGCCCCAGUACUUCUUCGGCCAGGCCAACGACACGGUCUACGUUGUGUGGGGGCCGCUCCGGAACAUGAGGAAAGACGGGAAAGGCAUUGUGUACAACAUGCUGCGGCAGGCGUCGGAAAACUACCCUCAUGCCCGCAUCUUUGUCACCACAGAGGACAGGAUGAACCACUGCGACAUGGUCUUUAAGAAGGAGACUGGAAGAGACAGGAUCCAGUCCGGCUCCUACCUCAGCACGGGCUGGUUCACGCUCAUCCUCGCCAUGGACAUGUGCAAAGAGAUCCAUAUCUACGGCAUGAUAAAUGACACCUAUUGCAAGACAGAGGAUUACAAAAAAGUUCCCUACCAUUAUUACGAGGCGGGCAGCCGAGACGAGUGUGCUGAGUAUCUCCUGCAUGAGAGUGCCCCAUAUGGAGGACACCGUUUCAUCACGGAGAAGUCCGUUUUUGCCAAGUGGGCAAAGUCUCAUGCCAUCAAGUUCUUCAACCCACCGUGGCAGCUGUCGUGACCCUGGCUGAAGCAGCAUGGAAGCAUCAUUAUCAUCAUCAUCAUCAUAACUAUCAUCCACAAAGACAAAAUGAAUCUCUGCAGUUACACUAACCAACACACAGCCAUUUUUGCCCAAAUCCCAGCCCAUAUCUAUUAAUAAAGGUUGUUUUUAAAGUCCUGGUUGGGUACACAUGGAGCCUCAUACAAAAAAAAGAAAAAAAAUUACAUAAAAGUUUGACCAACGUGAACAGCAAUGACACAUCUCCUGCUUUUUUGAAUUUAAAGCCCUCUCCUGAAUUUUAGAGCUGAGGCCUGCUGCUGUGCACUGACUAAUCGAUCCGCUCGCUGCUCUGUGAGUCCAGCGAAGGAUGGUUUGAACUUUAAAAAAAGGAGAAGAAACAAGCGUCCGUCAACUCGCAGUGACCUUAGUGGCUCAGAUUUCCGUAUUCUCUACACAUCACAGAGGCCGAAUUUACAUUUUCUCUCAAAGCUGUAGCAGAAGAAGCGCUUAGCUGCCGCCGUGGAGGCAAGUGGCAUCAGCUUGGACGUCUGACAAGCUCGUCCACUUUGUUUCCUCUGCGUGUCUGUCUUCUGUCAGGCUGUAAUUAAUCUAUAACGAGUAUCAUUCAGGCCUUCAUCUCUGACUGAGCGAGUGGUGAAGGCAGAUGCUCUGUCAGAUUCAAUUUUGCUCCGUUCUGUUCAAAGGCGCUUCAGAACAAGGUCACGAGAAAAAGACAGCACUAGCAGAUUGCAGUCAAACUUGAAGGUAAACCAGAGGUGGAGAUGUAAAUCAGCUUUUUUGCUUCUGUGUGGUCAUACACGCAACUUAAAGGUGUCCUCUUUAUGUUAUUUUUUUUUCUUUUUAUAAUGCUGUGAAAAUGACGAUUAAGACACAUGUUGCGGUGUUGGCCUGAUGUCCUGAUAGUUUGCUAAUGUAUUCCCGCGGAGAUAAAUUGUUAAUUCUCUUGAACAGUGUGCCAAUCGACAGUGUGAGUAUCACAGCGCACAGAACGAUGUGCAAUUAGAAGCUUCGUCUUUACGGAAGGAGUUAAGUCAUUUGUGACCCUGCGGAGAGAGAGAUUUAUAUGUGCAGUGAAACCAUUUGAAGUUAAUUGUAUUCUGUUAUCAUUGUGCCUGCAACAUACUCUGAAGUUCAUCGUAUAGACACAAAGGAAGAUGCUCUCUCUCGUACUCUCAUCCAGCUUUGUGCCUCUAUGUGUAAAGCUUUGCUGCGUGAACGCAUCUUCCCAUUUGUCUCUGGUUGGAGCGUGCGUGUCUCUUGGCUCGGGGCAUUACAUUUGAAUACAUCUGUUCCAGGACGGUGAAGAAUAAUCAGUGAAGUGGUGAGGUGUGUAUGCUGGCUGGUAGCUGUGGAUGUGACCAAGACUGCCUCUCCCGAGGCUGUGAUUAGUGUCCUGGUCAGUGCGGUGGCCCAGAAGGGAGGACUGGACCGACUCAAAGACUUUAAAUACAGACUGCUCGAUGCAAACACUCCCUGGUGAUUGCAGCUGAGUUCCAGAGUCUCAGAAUUGCUGCAAAUCAAUGCCUAACAACACACGGAGGCUAUGCUGUUUGUCUGUGAGCACUAAUGUGGUGAUUUGCAGGUCAAGUUUACAGGUUAAAACUUGACUGAAAAUAAGCAUGAAAUCCAUUCGAUUUUUUUAAGGUCCAUUUGUAGCUUUUUCUAAUACUUUCACUUAAAAGAAAAAUGGGGGUUUGGGGGUGAAAAGUCACAUUUUGACAUAUCAGCAGAGUUUCUGCAACUCUGCACUCACUGCAUUUCAUUUGAAACCAGGUACCACCUACACAUUGAAAUUCAGUGCUUCAGAUUCUCUGUAAGUUAUUUGUAACCUAGUAAUCUUGUGUGAGAACCCUUCUAGACCCGUAAAAACAUAGAACAUGGGUGUCUGAAUGUACUUGCUGAUGGCACAGGAACGAUUAAGAAGGUGCUUAAUGUUGCUAAAACCUCAUGGCAGCUAUAACUUGAAUACAUGUAUUCGGAUAGUAAGUAGGAAAAACAAUUGUAACGAUGCAAUGACCAUAUGAAAAAAAUCAUUUUUGAUCUUAACUUGUUGGCCUUAUAGCACCCCCCCAACAUCUAAGAUGCUUUUAAGGCCCAUAAGAUGUAGCUGGAGACCUUGAAAAACAAAGGUAUUGGAUGUACCUCAAGAUUAAAGGCACCUUGUGGAGUGUUUUUUUAAAUCAAUAAAGAACAUUUAGAUUUACAUUCAGAAGUCAUUGUGCGUAUCCUUGAGGUUUAACAGCUACAAUGAAUGGAUUCCCUACUCAAAAAACACUCUCAUAGCCCCAUUUUGUGACAAACAAAAUGUGGAGCCACUCGUCGGAAAAAAGAAACAAACAAACAUUCAAUAUCAGCAAUAUUAGAGGUCACAAACUCCACAAAGUACUUUUAAAGGUUUUUCUUUUUACAGAGUUUUCUACUUUGAAGAGGUACACUAAAGGACUUUCAGGCUCCACCUCUAACAGUUUACUGUGUAACAGUUUUCUAAACUCUCUCUGUCAGUGUUGUUUGCCUGAAGCCGUUUUUCACACAUGCACUUUGGACAAUUUUGUGAGAAUCAGGUUGGGAUAUUUUCCACAGUUGUCUUUCCUCAUAUGAUACAUAUGCGAUACGCACAGCAGGAAAUAGUCAGUUUUAGAUGCGUUCGCCAUCCUGGAAAUACUCUGUGUUGUUUAGGUGAGGGAGCUGCCUAAAUAAGACUUCCUGGAGGCAUUACACAUGAUGCACUCGCUGCAUGUAAUAUUAGAUGCUCUGCUCUCACGUCGGCACUCGUCAUACAGCCUUUGUACAAGUGAGCUGGCGGGUUAAAGACCAGCUAAUGGCUGAUUUAAUUGCAUUAGACAUUUGCAGUCUCACCUCCACCUUUGUUGGGUUAGUCCUAGAAAGGUUCUGUGCAGCAGUCCAUGCGUGAAAACUGCUUUUUGUUACAAUUUUUUGUAACAAUCCCUAAAUCAGUCAAAAACUAACAAAGAAGUUUAAGUUUUGAACGAAAGUUACAGUAAUGGGGUCUAACCAUUAUUUCCAUGGUCUAGACAGAACUUUCUUGCAGGCUUAUAAGAAAUCCUAUUGAGAUUACACUUCGACUGCUUGAUCUGUAUGACAGCUGAGCAAAGCCUUCCCCUGAUGAAGACAGUCUUCUGUGAUUGAAAGCUGUGGAAAAAGCUGGCAUGUGGAUUUUAUUGUCAAUUUUAGGGCAGUUUUAGCGCAUCAGUAAAAUCAAGCUUUCUGCGUUCUUGUGUAUCUGAUGCACUUCUGAAAACAACAGUAUGUUUCAGUCCAAGAGAGCACAGCAAAAGCUCUGCAUCUCUACUUAAAACUGUUGUCACCUUGUCACUCGUUAUAAGUCAGCCCAGCUGAUGAGAGCAUCGGCAAAAUGUAAAACCGCGCUGCUUUAAAUUCCUCCCGGUGUAGCUCAGCGGAUAGGAGACGGCCGUAACACAGGCGGGGUCAGCGGUCAGAUUUCCUCGGGGAUGGCGCGUGUUCAAGAGGUGUUUGGAAUCCCAGCACGACAGGUAGCAGUGGAUCAAAGUGUCCUCCACAUGUACGUGAAGUAUUAGAGCAUGAAAAUGAAAUCUGGGCCGGCAGAGUUGGAAAUCAUGCUUCUUCUCCUUCCCGUGGGGAAAAAACAGCCAUAGACACUGAAGCGUGGAUAGGUACAGUAGGCCAUGCAUGUUAAACAUUUAACAUACAUGUUUUAUACAUCUCGCUCAGCACGCAAUUGUGCAGUCAUCUGGCAGCUCUCCAACAGGCAGUUGCAUUUCUGCUGUAGUUUUCAACCUACAUUGUAAAGUGCUUCACAUCAAUACAAGAAACAGACUUUCUGUGAGACACGUUUGACGUGUUUUUAGGGUUUUUUGAUGAAUUAUUUGAAGGCUUU